AUGUCCGCCAAGUUCGCCUUCGCAAAGUCCCUCAAGGAGGUGCGCUUCCUCUUCUGCCAGACCUCCGAGCAGAGCGCCGCCGUCCGAUCUUUCCUGACAAAACAAUACCCUGUCAUCAAGCAGGCCAACCCAAACACCCCGAUCCUCCUCCGCGAAGCCGCCGGCACCCUCCCCAAAGUCUACGCCAGAUUCGAGUUUGGCAACGAAAAGUCACAGUCUCUCGAAGGCCUGACAGACAAGCAGAUCGAGGAUACCGUUUCAGGGCUGGUAAAGGCGUAA